AUGCGCUCGAUGGACAACCGUAUGGCCCUCCUCGUAGUGCGCCUCCCGGACAGCCUUAUGGCCCUCCACCUGGUCAUCCCGGCCAUUACCCCCCUGGACCUCAGUCUGGACCACCACGACGUUACUACCUUGGCCCAUCUCAUUCAUAUCCACCUCCUCCGCCUCCGUACUAUCCCCAUCCUGGUCAACCUCAUGGAUAUCAGGGACCUCCCCCUGGAGCGCUUUAUUCUCCAUAUCCCGGGCCGCACUCUGGCAAUGGGCCUCCUGGACAACACGGGCCUCCUAGGCAUCAUGGACCUCCUGGACAGCACGGAGCUCUUGGACAACACGGGCCUCAUGGGCAUCACGGACCCCCUACUGGAGAGUAUGAACCAAACUACGGCCGGCCUCAGUCGGGACCUCCCCAGCAAUAUUAUCCAUACCCGCCUCCGGGUCCAGGUCCUCCAGGUCCUCCGCCGAGUCAGAUCUAUAAGGAAGAUCGAGGCCGGGAUCGACGUGGCCGACAUGGCCGGGACGAUUACCGACAAUACGAAGACAGCCGCUCAGUCGACAAUUGGCAUGGCCAAGAUGAAUGGCGUCGUCCCCCGCCUCCCGAUAAUAGGUGAUCUUGUCCGCGACCUGGAGCCUGGUGAGGUAAACUCUCAGUCACACAAUGGAUCAGACCACGAAGUUUCGAAACCCUCGACUGACACAAAUGGCAAUGAGAGUCCCAAUGAUCCCAACGAGAGCCCCUACUUCGGUUUUCGACAUGACGCAAGAUGUGUCUUCGGGGACCUUGAAUGUGAAGGUGGCAAGGCAGACCCUAUUGCUGCGCCUCUUCCAUCAGAAUGGUUCGACGGUGUCAUGAUUCCUCCUCCUUUCGGCGCCAAAAGUGUCAAGUCAAAAUUCGUCACACCGUCGAAUGUAGACGACUUCUCACAGAGUGUACGCGACACCAAAUCUUGGCAUCACUUGCAGCACCAUCCACUUCUCGUGGACCCCGAGGACAUUCGGAUGGAGAAGCUAGAGGAUUACGAAAGAGCACUUCGUCAAGGACCCGUGCAGAACCGCGACCGGAAUAACAAUCACAAAGGGAAAGGCCGUGGAAAGCGUUGGGAUCCUCCGGGUCGCCCCUUCAAGAACCACAAUCGUGAUUACUCGCGUGAUGUCCCGCGUAACGAGCGCCAUGGGCGACCUGAAUCCAGAAAACGACGGUGGGAUGGCUCGCAUAACCAUCCUGAUGCCCGUCAAUGGGACAAGCCCGAGGCUGAAGUCCAGUACGACGAGCUUGCGCUUAAGUAUGGCGAGCCUGAGUACAAGAGACCCAAACCUGCCUCUCCUGAACCGGGCGAAGUGGCUGAACCCAGCAAACAAGAGCCCACCUCGCGAGAACCAACCUCGCAAGAACCGAGACCAGGCACACCUGUGAUCCCCGUGGAUGAUCCUGCGUGGGCACCCGAAUCAGCAGAGGUCGCUAGAGACAAGCCAGAGCCGAGCAAUCGCGGAAAUGAGAACAGGGCGACAACCUCAGAGAUCCAGGGUCCCUCUGAACGUGAGACCAGGGCCAGUAGUGAGCCCAAGGACUGGGACAGAGACGCCUUUGUGGCCUCCAAACUCUCCGAGUUCGAACUUAGGAAUCAGAAUGGGGAGCGUCCGCCGACACCUCCGCCUCCGCCUCCUGGCCGUCCUCCGUCCAGUAGGAGUAGGCGUAGCUCUCGAAGCUACAGAGGCAGCCACCCCAACAGCCGCCGCUCAUCUUUCGGUGCGCACCUUGCUGACUCUAUGGAGUCACCCCUGACUCCUACAGAGCUCGAGCUGCUUGGCAUGGGGAGACCUUCGACCAGUGGUAGUGACACCGGACGAGACUCACCUAAGCGGCAGUCUGAUGAUGUUACUCCUAAAUUCAGACGCCGACAACCCAAGGUGCAUGACGCAUAUUCGCGUCGUUGGUAG